UUCUCACAGAAUGUGGUUGCGCAAACUCUAAAGGAAAGGCAGGGUUAAGAUUUUCCUAAACCUGAAACAGGGGCGAUGCAACAGCCAGGUACAAAAAACGAGGAAGAAGGAGGAGGUAAAUAGGUGAGAAAAGGGAGACGCUGUAGGUGAGGAGGGUGGAGUUAAGGAAACACACAAACACACACCCACACACACACAAGGCGGCACAAAGACAAACAGAGAGCGGCACAUUGAUCCCCUGAGUCGGACAAAUCGCCUGAGAAAGACAACGCAAUAAAGAUCUGAACAGCACAGCUGAACCCGGAUGACACGUCGUGCUGGGAGGAUGUGCCAGAAGCGUCUGAUUGUGUGAAGGAGGGAAACAUGAACACGCAUUAACAGGAUUUAUCGUUUCAUUUUUUGGGAGAUAAAACACAACUGAAGAAGCUGAGAAUGUCUUCAUCAGCAGAGCUACAGUGCCAGCAGGGAGAUACGAUCUGUGUAAUCCGUGUGUACGAGCAGGAAGUGAUCAUCGUGCCCAUAUUUCUGCUGGCCAGCUUCCUGGUCACUCUGGUCUUUAUUCUCCUGCUGCACUUUUGUCCGGAGAAAGUCGACCGCAUCCGUCCGAAGGCCUCGAAGCUGGUGUCCAGGAGAGUUCUGCACGGCAUCGAUGCUCCACCGGGUAUCAAUGUCAUGGAGCAUGAAAGCAUCGCUCUGGACAUGCCCAGUACCUACUCCACCUUUAACCCCCCAGACAACAAACCCCUCCACCACUCUGAAACCCUCUCCCGGUCCGUGGUCUCAGCCUCCCUCUCGCCCGUCCCCCCGCCGCAGCCCUUAAUUCCCAGUUUCACUCCCAUCUCCCAGCCCAGGGAGUUGCCCCGUCAGAGGCUGCCAGAGUCCUUCAAACUGGUCACCCCUCUGCCUGUGGCCUUCUCCCUGCGCUCCGACGCCUCCGUGUCCCUCUACAGGGCCCGAAUGGAAAACAGGAACGUGGUGCUGCGGGUCCUCAAGGACACGGCAGACGCCACAGAAAGACACAGCUUCCUGGGCUUUGCGUCCUUCCUGGCCCAGCUGGGGCCUCAUCCCUUCCUGCCAGAGCUCCUUGGCGUGGUCUCGCUCCGAGCACCUCUGGUUACGGUCGUGGAGGAGCUGGAGAACAGAGACCUGCUGAGCUACCUGUGGAGGUGCAGAGAGGAGAAAGUGGAUCCUCCAUGUGAGAUUACGGAGAGACGGAUAUUUACCAUGGCCAAACAGGUGGCAUCAGCGCUGGACUUCCUUCACAACAAAGACCUUCUCCACGGAAACAUUCGCGCCCGCAGCGUGCUGGUCACCAAGGACUCAACUGCCAAGCUCUGGGGUCUGCAUGGAGUCUACACGAGGAAGAACCAGGGAGCCACCCAGAAAGAAGACCCCAGUAUGAAGAAAUGGCAGGCGCCAGAGCUGCUGGUCAAGAGAGCUGCCAGCCAGAGCAGCGACAUAUGGUCAUUUGGGCUCUUGCUGUAUGAAAUGGCAACAAUGGGCGAAGUUCCGUUUGCAGAGAUCUCAAGUAAUGAGCUCCUGCAGUUCCAUCAAAGAGGGAAAAGUCUGAAAAAACCGUCCAGCUGUUCCAACGCACUGUACGCCGUCAUUAAGAGCUGCUGCCAGUGGAAAGAUCAAGACCGACCCUCUCUGGCCGAGGUGAGCCGCAAGGUCCUCUCAGGAGAGAAAAACGCCUCGGACAAAGUCCUCAAGGCGUCCGAGCCGGUGAACAUCGAGAAGUACCUGCAGGAAGCAGGAUACGGGGAUACCAACAGCUACACGGUUUUCUGAUCGGUUGUCUUCAGCAGCAAAAUGGAAAUUGCCAUGUUCUCCCCGGUGGUGAACCAAGGGUGCACCUCUACAAGUGCAACUGUGUGUCCCAAACUGUGUUUUGAGAGCUCGAAGCACUAAAAAUGUUCUUUAAUUAUUCCUUAUCUACGCUCCUACUUUGGGUUCUGAAAAAAAGAAGAAAUGUAUGUAUAAUAUUUUAGCUUCUGGGAACUUUUUUCAUUUAAGGAAUACCUCAUAACUGUGUAAACGACACACGGUUCAGUCAGGGAAAUGCAACCAGUGAUUCUGCAGUAGUACACUUCAAGAGACUGUAAACUUGAGCAACGCACAGUCGCUGCGGGGCGACCUUGUAGUCGAUACUGUCAACCUAUGACAGUUUAGGGAUCUUGAAAAACGUACAUUGACUGAUGUUUAGUCUGGUUCUAUAAAUUAAAAUAUGUGGAAAUGAAGGGCACAUAAAAGCAGUUUAUAUUUUUACACUCACCGUUGUUUUUUUUAUUGGCGUGGCUCAUGUGGACAUACGCGAGCAACAAAAUGAGCUCAAACGGUUUACACUAAUUUAAAUGUGUAUUAAAAAUAUGCAAAGUCAA